GAGCAGCAUUGCCCAAAAUCUUAUCAGCUGAAACAUGGGACAAAACAAAACCAUCAAAAAGUUCUCCCCGUGAAUUCCACUGUGUGACUAUUGUUGGAUUGUUGGUUUGGUAAUAUUAUUAAUGAUGGAACUUGAAUCCAUCAUGCCGUUGACUCAGCCUGUGGCGUCUCGUGGGCUUCGUUCACAGCGAAAGGCCAACCGACAACCAGGUGGCCCCAACCCGUUUGAAGUUGUGGACGAUGUAGUAGAUCCAGAGGAUUCUUUGAUGGCCGACCCAUUCGAAUUAGAGAUGGAAAAUGAACUCGAGCAACGGGCUCAGCACGCCCAAAAGGCUCAAGGUUGGACUGAACCCUUGAAAGGGGAAGACCUUGAUCCUGGUCCGUCCUCGUCUUCGGCUAGCGGGACGUAUGAUCCAAUUUAUUUCGACUCGGAUGAUGAGGACCAUGAUAAGGACAAAGAGACGGAGAGCGAAAACCAGCCCGAAUCUUCCUUGGCCACGCCAUCCAAGCGGAAAAUGAUGUCCAAUGACGAGCUUCUCUACGACCCGGAUCAAGACGACCGAGAUCAAGCUUGGGCCGAUAGCGUCAGAAAGCAAUACCUGCCUGAUCAGCAUAGACUAUUGGGCCCAUCUCAAUCGUCUAAAGCCACGCCCCUGCCGAACAGCGAUGCUGUGCUCAAUUGUCCGGCUUGCUUCAAUGUACUCUGCUUAGAUUGUCAGCGGCACGCUCUCUAUGAAACGCAGUACAGAGCAAUAUUUGUCACCAAUUGUUCGGUGGAUCUGACGCAGAAACUCAAAUACCCCAGGGCCAAGACUGGAUCCAAGAAAAAGACCAAGGCUUUGCCAGAACUGGAAGCCGCAGACUCAUCAUCUGACGAAUUUCAUCCGGUCAAGUGCGAUCAUUGCUCGACAGAGGUGGCCAUGUACGAUAAGGACGAGAUUUAUCACUUCUUCAAUGUCAUGGCCAGCCACGCUUAGUCGGCCUCUUCCUCUUCCUCCUCUCGCUGGAGGUCAUCCGAAUCCAUUAUCAGGUGCAGAUGAACAUUGGCAAUGAGAAUAUGGUCGCCCAAAAACAUCACCAAGAUCUUAUCAAGGGACGCCGUGGUUCGUGGCUCGAAAACCAUGACCACUUUGGUCCAGUACCCGCCUCGGUCGGUCUCAUCCUCGGGCACUUGCUUUCUUUGGGUGGCCAAGAUGCGAUCAUUCGAGUCUAAAAGCUUCAACAUUGUCAACACAGAGCUCGUCCUUAAAAAGAUGAGAAAUGAAUGACUGAGGUUCUGGAUCAACACACUGAAAGGAAGUGAAUCACCUUCCGCUAAAAAUGUAGAACCAGGCGGAGAAUCGAACCAUCGGUUUCAGGGCAUAGAUCAACCGCAUUGGAAUGCCGAGUUCUUUCAGGCUGUGAAUCACAAAUUUAGAUAUAACCUUUGGCUUGUUAUGUCAGACAUGUAUUUCCUCAAUAAGACUGUUACUUUCCUGA